CUCAGUUUAGUCCCCCUCUGGUGCUCUUCCACCGGAAAGCCCUCAGGCUGUGGUGGUCGGAAUGGCUCGCUGUUACGAUAAUACUCUGAGACUGGAAAAAUGUUUUAUUUUGGAUGGGGUGGCUGUGAGCUCAGUGGCUCACGGCUACAGCAUCGUGAGGCCCAAGCUGUGGUCGGCGAUUCCGCCUUACAAUUCUCAGCAGGACUACCACACUCGGCGGUACUUCCGGAGCCACGUGGUUCCGCCCCUUUUGCGGAAAACUGAUCAGGAUCAUGGCGGUACAGGAAGGGAUGGCUGGAUAGUAGACUAUUUCCACAUUUUUGGUCAAGGACAAAGAUAUCUCAACAGGAGAAACUGGGCAGGAGCAGGGCAUUCCCUCCAGCAGGUGGGUGGGCAUGACUACUACAAUUCCAACCCGAAGAAGAUCACUACUGGUUUAAAUGGGCGAUUUGGCUACCGCCGGAACACCCCAGCCCUCCGCCAGCAUACAUCAGUGUUCGGAGAAAUCACCCCAUUCCCCAUUUUCUGAAGAUACUGCAUCACGGGCCUUGAGCUGAAUCUCCAAGAAAGAUUUUUAAGUGAACUGUCAUUGAA